AUGACUCCGUUGAGAUGCACCGCAGCUGUCGCGCUUUGUCGCCGAUGUGUCUCGCAAGCUGCAUCGAGCUCGAGAGCUUCGACCUCGACUUUUGCUAGGUCGACGUGGGCCUACGCCCGCGGUGGGCGCAUUGCAUUGGACUCGCCCGUGAGCUGCUCCGUACGUUCAAUAUCGGCAUCUUCCGACCGUACCCCUCGGUCCUUCGCAUACACAGACAAGAGGUCAUUCAGCUCGUCCCCAUCGACAGCUGCCAAGAAGAAGAGCAAGAAUAAGUCAGCUUCAUCCUCCUCAGCGGCAGCAAGCGACACCCUCGCUGGGCCAUCACGGUACCCUGCGCUUCCGGAAGGUUGGCAAGCCGUCAUCGGCGUCGAAUGUCACGUUCAGAUCAAGGACAAGCGCAAGCUGUUCAGCAAUGCGCGACUGCCUACCCCGUCCACGCCGCCAAACACUCUCGUCACUGCCUUUGAUGCUGCUCAUCCCGGCACCUUUCCGACACUCAAUCGCUCAGCAUUGCGACUCGCCGCUCGAACAGCGAUGGCUCUCAAUUGCCACGUUCACCCCGAAAGUCGCUUUGAUCGAAAGCACUACUUUUACUCGGAUCUGCCCGCGGGCUACCAGAUCACUCAAAAGUAUGCUCCUCUGGCAAACAACGGCAAGGUCAAACUCGGCUUCGAGGACGGCUACCUUCCGAGUGCUGAGGAUGAGGUGACUGUUGAAAUCGAACAGCUACAGCUGGAGCAGGACACCGCCAAAUCCAGCUACUUCGACACGGGCACCACUUCCCGAUUUAAUGAGGACGAACAAUCGUCGCACGCCAGUCGCGACGACCAAGGUUCAGAAGGGACAACCAGAGCAACACUACACGAAGCGGACGAUGAGCGAGUAGGACGCAGCUUUGUCGAUCUCAACCGUGCCGGCGCAGGACUGAUGGAGAUCGUCAGCGGGCCGCAGAUGCGUUCUCCCGAGCAAGCCGGCGCGUACGUGCGUAAACUCCAAGAGCUCGUUCGCCGUGUCGGUGCAUCUGACGGCAACAUGCAGGAAGGCUCGCUCCGUUGCGACGUCAACGUCUCUGUCAACCGCAUCGGCGAUCCCUUUGGCACUCGCUGUGAAGUCAAGAACCUCAACAGUGUGCGUUUCAUGAUGAAUGCCAUCUCUCACGAGUCGCAACGCCAAGUCAAGAUAAUCGAAGAAGGAGGGCGCAUCGAGCAGGAAACAAGAGGGUACAACGAAUCCGACGGCACCACCUUCCGACUGCGUGGCAAGGAGGAUGCACCAGACUACAGAUACAUGCCCGACCCAAACCUGCCCCCUGUCUUGCUGUCAGAGCGACAGCUUCAGGCUCUUAGGGAGGGCAUGCCGGAGCUACCCGAUGCGAGGCGGGCACGACUGAGCGAGCAGUACGGCCUCGCCCCUCGAGACAUCAAUGUGCUCAUGCGAGUCGGAUCUGAAGACGAGAGGGACGGGAGAGCCGCGACAAUCGUUUCCCAGCAGCCAGACGAACAACAGCAAGGCUCAGAUGCAGUCGAGUAUUUCGAAAGGGUAGCAAAGGGCCGCUCGGCACAGACAGCACUCAACUGGAUCAUUCAUGAGCUCAUGAAGAGCCUCAACGCUCGCAACCUCCCUUUCAGAGACUAUCUUCUCCCAGCGGACCACUUCGGCGAGCUAAUCGAUCUUGUUGAAAGCGGUCGAGUCACGGGCACCACCGCCAAAUCGGUCAUUGCCGACAUCCUCGCCUCUGCUGACACAGACAGAGCCAUCUCGCUCGCAUCCCUCCGCGAGCUCGCCAAGGCUUCCUCUUCGCCAAUGUUCGACUUGCUCAAGCAGGAGGAUCUGCUGGCACUUGCAAGCGAGGAUGAUCUUCUGCCUCUCAUCCGAUCAGCGUUGGACAGGCUGCCGGACGAAGUCGCACAGGUGCGCAAGGGCAACCUCAAGGUAGCGAUGCGCAUCGUGGGUCAGGUUAUGAAGGACGCCAAUGGUCGAGCCGAUGCCAAACUUGUACAUCAGACCAUCCUCAAGGAGCUCGGGCAGACACCCUCGUCCUGA